AUUUAUUUGGAUAACGUUGUCAGUUCUCUUACAAAGGGGGAGGAGUAAACACAAAACGCAGACCGACGAUAACUUGAGAAUGUAACUUUUCAUACAGCUCUUCAUUGGCAGAAAACGUUUGUUGUCUUCAUUUGUGUAGUGUGAACGUCGUUCCAUAAAAAAGGAACACUAUGUGGUUUCAUCAUCUUCUAGUUGUACUGGGAGCAGCCUUGGUAAAUGGAGAAUCACCUUGCACUAUUGUGAAGCACUUUGCCAACUGUCAGUUCAAGAACCUAACUCAGAUUCCAGAUUUGCCCUCCGACAUCAUUGAAGUCUACCUAGCUCUGAAUUACAUCAGGGUUCUGAAUGAAAACUCAUUCCCAAGACUGGAGCAAUUAGAAGUAUUAGACCUUGGAAUGCAGAGGACACAGUCGCUAAGUAUUGGAAAACAUGCUUUUAAGAACCUUCCGAACCUUGCUGUGCUGCAUUUGGGAAACAAUGAGCAUCUUGUUUUACACCCUGAUGCAUUUGUAGGAUUGUUUAAUUUACAGCAACUUAUUUUACUACGGAAUAAUCUGUCGGCAUCCAUUUUAGAAGAAGAGUUCCUGAGAGAUUUGGUCUCGCUAGAGGCUCUCGACCUUCGUUACAAUAACAUAGAGCGGCUGCAGCCUAACGUGCUAUUUCAGAAAAUGACACAUUUUAAUUUCUUGGACUUGAACCUUAAUCAAAUAGAAAAAAUAUGUGAAGGAGAUUUGUAUAGUUUCCUUGGAAAAAAAUUAAGUUUUCUCAGUAUUGCCUCCAACCCCCUACGGAACAUGAAAGAAUCUGAGUUUGACUGGAUGGCAUGUGGAAACCCAUUAAGUAAUGUUACCAUUAAAACUCUGGACAUGUCAUUGAAUGGGUUCGGUACUGACGAAACAAGGAACUUCUUUUUAGCCACAAAGGGGACCAGUAUGAGCCACAUUGUCUACGGUCCUACUAUACUCGGGAGUUCAUUUGGGUUCUCAAACAGUAAAGAUCCAAACAGUCAGACAUUUAUUGGCCUUGCAGAAAGUUUUGUCCGGAGUCUAGACUUGUCGAAAGGCUUUAUCUUUGCACUUAACCCGUUUGUAUUUGAACCACUUAAAUAUGUUGAAGACCUUAUAUUAUCAAAAAACAAAAUCAACCAGAUUAAAAACAAUGCAUUUGCUGGUCUUCAAAACUUAAAAAAACUGAACCUUUCCAGUAACCUUUUGGGUGAGAUUUUUGAAUACACCUUUGAUGGUCUUAGUAAUGUUACUGAAAUUGACUUGGCAAACAAUCAUAUCGGUGUUAUUCAGAGGAACUCUUUCAGGAGAUUGUCAAAUUUGUUUAUUUUGAACCUUCGGGGAAACUCCAUCAUUGACCUCUAUUUAUUUGCUGCCAUUCCUAAUCUUCAGUUUGUUCUGUUGGGUGACAACAGAAUUCAAUCAACAUAUGGCCUUGAAAGAUUUUCAGACAGUUCUAUAUUUAUUGACUUAUCUGAAAAUAAAUUAAAAUCACUUAGUCUAUUCUAUGAUGUGAUGCAGUUUCCAAAUCUUCAAUAUCUUUUGCUGAGACAUAAUAAACUAUCUCAUUGUUUUCAACAUUCAGAAAUACCAAAGAAAAACAACUUAAUACACCUAGACUUGGAAGACAACGUGUUGCAGGUUGCAUGGGAAGCAAAAACAUGUUUAGACAUGUUUGAUAACCUUAAUAAGUUGGUUGAACUUAAGCUUAACCAAAACUUACUUCGGUUUCUCCCGAAAGACAUUUUUAAGGGGCUAAUUUCUCUGAAGAGGCUGGUUCUCUCCUCCAACUUGCUUGCCCACCUUCCUAAAGAUGUAUUCCCCAGGAGCCUGAAGAUUCUUGAUUUAUCUCAAAACAUCCUUUUGUCACCCAACCCUGAUACCUUCAGUUUUAUUAGGUUUCUAGACCUCGGAAAGAAUCAAUAUAUUUGUGACUGCCAUUUAAAAAACUUCACACUGUGGAUAAGUAAAACAAAUGUGACUUCUUUUAGCGAUUUCAAUGAUAUGUACUGUUCUUUUCCUCAGCAUUUGAUAGGGAUUCCACUUGCCAACAUCACUUUCGAUGAAUGCGACGAAGAUGAUCAAAGGCUUUUAAUAAAAUUAAAGUUCUGUCUUUUUACUGGCUGCACGACUACUCUGAUAGUAAUUAUAACAUCAGUCAUUAUUUUUACACAUUUCCGUGGUCUGUGCUUUAUCUUUUAUAAAAAAAUGACCAACAAGCUGCUUGCUGUCCCUAAGCAAGAGGCUGGUAGGGACGGUUACAAGUAUGAUGCAUACAUAUGUUUCAGUAACAAAGACUUUAAAUGGGUAGAAGCCGCCUUACUUCAACAGCUAGACACGCAGUUUUCUGAGAACAACAAUUUUCGUUUGUGCUUUGAGGCAAGGGAUUUCAUUCCGGGAGAAGACCAUAUCUCAAAUAUACGGGAUGCUAUUUGGAACAGUAAGAAAACCGUCUGCAUUGUGACCAGAGAAUUUUUGAGAGAUGGCUGGUGCAUUGAAGCCUUCAACUUGGCCCAAAGUCGAUACUUUGCUGAACUGAAAGAUGUUCUUGUCAUGGUGGUAGUUGGAAGACUUCCCCAGUUCAAGUUAAUGAAAUGUAGUCAAAUCCGAGCUUUUGUUCGAAGCAGACACUAUUUACACUGGCCGGAAGACAUACAAGACAUAGACUGGUUUUAUGAUAGACUCAGCAAUAUGAUUCUGCAUGAUAAAAAGCAAAAAAAGCAAACUGACAUCACCUUACACAAUGUGACAGUUGCAACCUGAUUAUUUAAAAAAGCACAGGUUUAUGUCAGAUAUAUUCAAAUUCCACUGCUGGCUCAAAAAAAACCAAACAAUUAUUUUGGCCCAAAAGGUUGUACUGGUUCAACAGUACCUCUUCCUACAUUUCCUACGUGACCAUUCUACUUCCAUGUGUUCUUAUUUUUACAGUACAGCGUUUAGCAGGGUCACGGCUCAUCCAGUAAAGGUACUACUGCAUGAAGUGCAAGGUAGCGCGUACAAUCUCCAACUUGCCGUUUCAAAUCGUGGCCCACAGGGAUUGUUGCACUGACCUUUUCUCUCUCAUGGGUUUGGGAGAAAAAUUGUCUGGGAAUAGUUCACCUCAGUGACCCCUUCUCAUCAGUCACCCCAUGUAUUCUUCAGAUCUAAGUGCUGACAGCAGCCAUCUAAUAAGUAACCAAGUGUUUUCUGAAUGUAGGCUUUUAUAGAACCAUUACUUAAAUGAUCAAUGAACUGUUCUAAUUGAAACAUAAUUCAUACUUGAUUCUGCUUUUUUUUUUUUUUUUAUAAAAGUUGUACAUGUGGUAAUAUGAAAUGUUUACAUAUCGAUAAAAUUAUGUAUUUUGUUAUUUCAAUAUUUUGCCAUUUGAAUGUAUUAAUAUCUGUUUGUCAACACAAGCCAAUACCUUGAAUAUUACUUGAUUUGUAAUAAAAUACACUUGAUUGUGUUACAUGGCAGUUCCUAAGUCUUUGGCAUUGAAAAGACUUAUACACAUUUAAAAAGGUUUCACUUUAGCAAAACAGUAAUACUUCAUAUUUUAUGUUGGUGACAGACAUCCCCCACCAUAUC